GCACCCACCUCUGGUUACCACAACAAGGGCGGCUAUGCACGCCGGGACAGCAACAGUACAUGGGGAGGUAAUCACGAUUGGAACGGGUACUCGCGAACCAACAACCAAGAACGACGUGCAUCAGCAGACCGCAAUGCCUGGGGUAGCGGCGGUGGCAUUGGUGGAGCUAAUGGCGGUGGCAACCGUCGGGGCGAUAUGGGCGAACGAGGCAGAGGUCGAUUUGGCAACCGUCGUCCGAGCCAUGACCGGAAAUCAAACUUUCAGCCCACAGUUUUGCAACGCCCUCGACGCAUGUCCGAAUUAUCAGCACGUUCCGAUCGCUCUUCAUCGCGCGAUGAAAUACCACAAUCAGUAGUAGCUGAACAAUCACAAUCACCACCGCAACAGCAUCAACAAAUGCCGCCUGUGUCGUUGCCAGCUGUCGUUGAAGGUUCGCCAUCGAGUCGUCCCACGGAACUUACUGCUGCACAACGCGAGGUAAUGCUCAGCGCUGCUGAACGAGCAAAGAAACGUCGUGAUGAGGAGGAAGCAGAGUUUGCAGCUAUCCGAGAACGUGCUCGCAAGAAAGCCGAAGCACUUGCUGCCAUGUGUGAAAGCAAGUCGCCAAAGUCGUCAACGGACGCUGCUAAACCGGAAGAAAAGAAACCUGCCCUAGAUGCCAAUGCAGUAGCAACAACUGAUACAGCGCCCAAGUCCGAAAACAAAUCUCCAGUUGAUGGUAACAAGACUACCACAGACAAAAUCUCCACUACUAACGAUGCUGAGAAGCAAAAGCCAGAGGAGCCAUUGUCUGAGACCGGUGGAAAAGACGAGCCUGCAACGUCCUCAACUCCAUCAGCAAAUAAGAAGGAUGUCAAAGCUUCGCCACAGCCACCCACCGACAAGCCUCAUGAAAAAGAGGGCAGCGACGAAGAUGAUCAGAGGUGGAACGACUAUGUUGGGAACUUGAAGGAGAGCAAGCCGGCCGAACGUGCGUCUACAAGUGACAGCAAUGCAUCAGCGUGGAAUGCCUAUGCAACACGUCUCCAAUCAAGCAGCGAGAAACGCAUGAAUGCUGCCAUCGACAAGUACGCCGCUGAAAGGAACUUGGAUCCCUCACUAUUUGAUGACAUGCGACAUACGGAUCGUGAACCCUUACGCCUACACCGCCAACAACGAGGAGACUAUCAAGGUCGCGACAGUCGCGAUAGACGCGGCCAAAAUAAUCGCAACGAUCGUAAUGACCACAGACAACAUCGCGAUGAGCACAUCAGCAGCAAAAGACGAGAUAAAACGUCUGCGAAUGGUUCAACCGGGGAACACUCGGUGUCGCCAAUCAAUGUUGAGCUGUGGCCUGCAUUAGGACAACAAACCAACGACGAUACUGCCACUACCACCAGCAGUAGUCCAGCAAAACCGACGAAAAAGAAAACGGAACAGAAGGACGACACGGUACCUGUGAUUCCUGAGGACGAAGUGCAAGAAAAGGAAGGUGGCGCUACUGCUGCUGCUGCUGCCCUGGAGAAGGAGGAGGAUACCAAACCAUCGGAAAAAAACGCUACCACCAAAAGCACAACCGAAGCAUCGGCUGAUUUGUCGCCUUCCACUGGUGCUGAUGAUGGUGUUGGUAAUGAACCGGUCAAAGAACAAAAAGGAGGAGGGGAGGUACAAGAACCACCACAGCAGCCUGCCUGUGACAUUGACACCAACAAACAACGGCAGCAGGAACCGCAGGACUAUCAUCCAGAAGAAGUUCUCGAACCCCUUCCGGAAAUGAUCGAAGCCAGUGAGUCUGGAUCCCUCGUGUCACACAAUAUCACAGACACUGUACCAACACCGGAAAGUGAAUCGUGUGGUCGUGCAAGAACAUAUUCAGCAGCGGCUGUGUUUGGCCAUUGGACUCGCGCUGAACGUCAUGACUUUUUGCAAAAGUCCAAGGAGUCUGUAUUUCCGGAGGCCAUAGAACGACUUGCUGAAUUGAAGCCUGCCAACCUUACAUUUCGAACAGUGUCUGAUGAUAGACAAGCGCCAAGUGUAGAAGACAACAACGACAGCAUUGCCACCACAACAUCAUUUGAUCACACCCGAGCAUCUCCAAUCAUGGGCGGUGACCAUGGCUUACCAAACCAUAUUGCUGGAGGACUUGAACGGGGAAAAGAAUACAUGAUGAUGGAUCCAAUGCAUGCUGCGCCUAUGGCUGCUGGUGCGACUUCCUCUUUGAAUGACUUCACGCAGCAACAACGACAAUUCUCAUAUGCCGUACCCGCCUUCGACGGCAAUAAAGUCAGUCCUCAACAACACCACAUGGCGGCUGCAGCACCUAUGAGCAUGACGGCCGGCCAACAAAACUUCCCGCUGCUCGUAUAUCAAGUACCUUAUAACAACCGGGGCCCGUUCAUGCCAGGUUCAUCCACAGCCACUACAGGUUAUGGUGUGUCCGCAGAUGGUCAACAGCCAGGUAUGUUCGUUCCAGCAUCAUCCAUGAGUCAACAACAGCCGCAGCAGCACCAACAGCAGUCCAUGAUGGGUGUUUAUCUUUUGUCACCUCAUCAAAUGCUUCCUCCAUGGUCCGGUAUGCCACUCAACAAUGGCAGCAACAAUAACAACACCCACCACCAUCGCUAUCAACAGCAUCAUAAUCAGCGACGACGCCACUAGGUCUAUUUCUUGAGCCUUUUUCUCCCUCUCUCCUCCUUCCGCUUUCUAGCCAUGUUCAGUCAUAUUUUCUCGCGCUCUUUCACCUAUCAACACCAUCUCUGUCCUUCAC